CUAGCUACUUGACACUUAGAUGUUGGACGGCCGAGCUGAGUCCGUCCCAACCGAGAUUCACCUAGGACCCUGACCAUAUGAAAAACAGUCGGUUGGAAGGUUAACUGGACAGUACCUUGCGAAACGACAACCAUGUCCGCAGCUUUGCAUGUCUCCCUUCUUGUUUUGUACCUUCAAAACAGCGUUGGAGUUUAUUGCAUUGAUGCAACAACUUCAGUUGGAGUGGGAGCAGAGGUGCCCCCACCACAGGAUGUGACCAUCAUCACCUUAAAUACCAACUACACACUGAGUUGGAACUGGGACCAGAGCCAUGCUGUCACCUUCACCACACAAUAUGUUGGGAAGUACGAGCUGAAGUUCAAGAAGAAGAUUCCAAACUGGACCACAGCAUGUGAAGAGACAUCACAGAGGUCAUGUGACCUUACAGCGUUCAACCUUCACUACUUGGGCAUCUACAUGCUUCGUGUACGAGCCAACGUGAAUGGGCAUCACUCCAACUGGGUGCAUUUGGAAUUCUGCCCUGAUAAAGAUGCUGCUGUGGGUCCUCCAUCCAAAGUGGACCUUGCUCCUGCUGGAAGCGACCUUGAUGUUUUCAUCUCUGACCCUCUGACCAGCACCAACAGUUCCAUGAAGGAGAAGCUUGACCAGAUGUACUACCUCAUUCUCUAUUCAGAGCGUUCUGGAGACACACAGGCAUUAAGAACCCAGACGUUAACCAGCAGUGCCAAUGUGGUGACUUUGCCAAACCUGAAGGCCUGGACAUGGUACUGUGUUAGCGUCCAGACACACGCUGACUUCUACAACAAGAGCAGCAGCUUCACCUCUCCCCAGUGUAUGCAGACUGAAGGUAAUGCUCCAUGGUGGCUGGUCUUUCUGUGCUUCCUGGGCUCUCUGGUGAUCUGCUUCCUGGUCAUGCUGCUGUCACUCUACACCUUCUUUUGGUUCUACAAGACCAUCAAGGCAACAUUUUACCCCUCCAACCAGAUACCUAAACACUUCAAGGAGUUUCUUUAUGACUCUCCUGCCUCUGACAUCCCUCGCCUCCUCACCCCGGAUUCAGAUUCAGAGCUGCUGUGUGAGGUGACAGUCAAUCCAGAGCCAGCGGUCCUGGAAAUUCACAAUCCUCCUCCUGAGGCCCUACUGGCACCUCCAUCAGGCCUGGAGCCAGACAGCAGUGGCAGACACACUCGUCAAGACAGCAGCAGCAGUGGAGAUUCAGGAGUUUACUCUUCGGGGGGCAGCUCCAACCUGCGGCAGCCUAACAGCAGUCAGUUCUCCACAGGGGCUGAAGAUGUUUGGAAGGGCCCCUUUGACCUGGAGCAGGUUAAGAUGCAGGAGAUGACUCCCAGGCUAAAAAGUCAACUCCUGAUCACAGAUGAGGGCGUUGUAGAUAUGUGUGUCUGAGGGCAUGUGUGGGGAAAAUACAUCUGUUAAAAAGAGACAUGAAGCAAGGAUGAUGUUAGGGAAGAUAGAGGUUUGAAGAAAAUGUACAGUGUGCCUUUUCUCCACCUGUCACUGUGAAACAAGGAGAGGAAGAUGUUGUCUGUUUAAAAAAAAUGUAGGGAAAAAGAACUACUAGAAAAAAAACAAGCUCAUGAAUGAAAGACAAAACUGAUCUGCUGUAGUGUUACUCACUAUUUCAUUUUCCAAGGAGGAAGGUUGUCAUGCUGAAGACAAACCAUUCAGUGUUGAUGUAGCUUUCUUAAAAAAAAAAAAAAAAAAAACCUUUUGAGAAUCCAGAUCCUUAUUUCACCUACAUUUUGGAACCAGCCAGGAAUUACUGUUAGUGCUGAUUUAAAUAUAUUGUAGAUUCCCUUCAUCUCGUCUUCAACACCCACUAUCCUAACCCUGCAUUCAUGCUGUAAAUGGUUGACAUGCCUCUGAGGAUUAGAGUACCAUAAUUUCCGGACUAUAAGCCGCUACUUUUUUCACACGCUUUGAACCUUGCGGCUUAAACAAUGAUGCGGCUAAUUUAUAGAUUUUUAUGGGCUAAUGAGCUUCAUGCCAGCAAAAACAUUUAGACACCUGCGGCUUAUAGACAAGUGCGGCCUGUAUAUGUACUUUUUUUUUUCUUUUUAAAUUUAGUGGGUGCGGUUUAUAUUCAGGUGCACUCAAUAGUCCGGAAAUUACGGUAUAUCUGUGUAGCAGUCUGCUUUAUUAAUGGUUUUGAUCUAACCAGCCUGAUUAGACCCAGUAUAAUUUGGACCCAGCCAGACUUGGGUCUGAGCCAGUUUGGUAUGUGGGCAAUGGGUCAGCUUAGCUGGUGGAAGACUGUAGUAAUCAUGUGUUAUGGAUACCUACAAUACUUUUUCUCUGGACACUGUUAAACAGACUAAUGGCUGACCAUCAAAACAGCGAAAGGUUGUGGUGCCACACUUGUGACCAUCUGUGUGUCAGAGGAGUGUCUUCAUUCUACAGGAAAGUAGUGGACUUGGUCUGACCUGUUGAUAAUGUUGCUUCAAGUUUGAACUACUGAUCAGAGAUACUUUUCUGUGCCAGGCUUAGUUGUGUGGCAUGGAGAUUUAAAACCCACUUAAUGACUCAGACACACAUGGACCUUUUGCACUCUUGCAGUGUACAUGUCUCUGCCAAUGGGGUUUUACAGCUGGGAAUGCCAAAAACAUCAACAUUUUUUGAAGAUGUUCACUUUGAAAUGACUAUUAUGAGAGUAAAAGUUUUCUUUUUUGAAUGUAUGUGAUAUAUGGUGUUAAUUUGAAAACACGCAUUUAAUUUUUCCAUUUUUCCAUUUAUGAUUCUUAUAGAAUCUUGGUGCCAUAUUAGUUUUGUUUGUUCAUGUAACUUACUUUGUUUAUAUCAAAGAUUCUUUUCUUCAUAUUUUUGAUUGGAGCUGUAUUAUUUCCACCUCUGUUCAUCUUUCAUGUUUGUUUUUAUGUUUUGAUGUAGAAAUUUGCUUGUAACAGAACAUGCCUCAGCACUUAUUUAUCUAGAUCACUUAUUCUGUGACUUCACACUCAACAAAGAUGAAAAGAAGCUUAGCAAACUUAUUUUGUGAAAUGAGUUCAGAAUGUUGCAGAAUUUCCAGUCUAAAUUGCCUCAGCAUCUUUUGCCAUCACUCUUUGUUGCAGUGUUUGUUGACUUGUAUAUUUGCCUAUUGUAAAACGAUGUACUGGUGAAUCUACAGCACCCAUUUUAAUGGACAAUCAUAAAAAUUAAAUAAAUCACCUCUAAUACCAAA